AUGCCCUUUGCUCACCCUGGCAGUUACGCGGAUGGGGUCAUAUUAUUCUUUGUCUAUGAUUUGAUUGUGUUUAUUCCGUUCAAAAUAUGGGCCGAUCCAUCGCAGAAGCUACGUAUGUCACAACGAUCGAAGGCUGGACCAGUCAAAGAAGGUGAUCCUACUUCUCCCUGGCGACACAACAAUGUGAAAGAAGGGCCAUUAGCUUCGCACGUGUUUGAGGGAUGCUACACUCUUGCUGAGCAGUGGAAUGAAUGUGCUGGACCAGUCAAAGAAGGUGAUCCUACUUCUCCCUGGCGACACAACAAUGUGAAAGAAGGGCCAUUAGCUUCGCACGUGUUUGAGGGAUGCUACACUCUUGCUGAGCAGUGGAAUGAAUGUGUGAGGAGAUACGCAGAUCUCGAUUGCCUUGGGACACGUGAGGUAUUGUCCAUUCACAAGGAGAAACAGAAGACUGGCAAAAUUUUUGAGAAGUGGGAAAUGGGCAAUUAUCACUGGCGGUCAUUCAAAAAUGUGGAUGAGCGCGUCAAUAUGGUUGCUUCCGGUCUCGCUUCGCUAGGUUGCAAGAAAAAUGACAAAAUUAUACUGUUUGCUGAAACUCGUGAAGAAUGGAUGACAACUGCUCUUGCAUGUUUCAAAAGCUGUUUGCCAGUUGUUACUGUGUACGCCACACUCGGUGACGAAGCUGUCGAAUACGCUUUGAAAGAAGUCGAUGCUAAAACUGUCUUCACUUCUGAGAUCUUACUUCCAAAGGUGCUAAAAGCGAUCAAAAAUGGAAUUCAAGUGAGUAAGAUCAUAUUCUUCGCUAGUCCUGAUCCUCAAACUGAGCACAAGCACGACGACGAAAAUGUGCAGAUUAUUUCCUUCGAGGACCUUCUGAAUCAGGGAAGCCCUGAACCAUUCACGCCAAGAAGUUCAGCGGAGGACAUUGCCGUUAUAAUGUACACUUCUGGAACAACUGGGAAUCCAAAGGGAGUCAUGAUAUCUCAUGAAAAUAUAGUUGCAGCCGUCGCAGGGCAAAUACCUGUUAUUCCGAUUGUUGGUGGUGAUACUUAUAUCGGAUACCUUCCCCUUGCACAUAUCCUAGAAGGUGUUCGUAUUGGAUACUCUUCUGCACAAACGUUGUUUGAUCGUGCACCAAAAAUCAAGAAGGGCACCAAAGGAGACUGCUAUGCCUUGAAACCGACGCUCAUGGCCUGCGUACCAGCCGUGAUGGAUCGAAUUUACAAGGCAGUAAUCGAAGAAGUGAAUUCCAACAGUCUACUUUUCCGCGAAAUGUUCCGAGCUUGUUACGAACGGAAGCGUGCACGUUACGAAGAAGGCUACACGAGCUUCAUCUUGAACAAAUUGGUGUUCAAUCGAAUCGGCAAGCUUCUUGGUGGCCAUAUUCGGUGUGUUCUCUCAGGUGGAGCUCCGCUCAGCCCUGAAACACAGAGGUUCAUGAAUAUCUGCUUCUGUUGUCCAGUGGUUCAAGGUUAUGGUUUGACGGAAACGUGUGGAGCAGGAACAUUGGCUGACACUCAUGACCUGUCUACUGGAACGGUGGGUCCACCGCUCACUAGCAUUGAAAUCUUGCUUGAGGAAUGGAAAGAGGCUGGUUACUCACCGCAUAACGAGAAACCCCAAGGAGAAGUUCUUAUCGGUGGAAAGAGCGUUGCCAUUGGAUAUUACAACAAUCCAGAAAAGACGAAGGAAGACUUUGUAGAGAGGAACGGCAGGAGAUACUUUGCCACCGGAGACAUAGGAGAAUUCCGUGAAGAUGGAUCUCUCAGGAUAAUAGAUCGUAAGAAGGACUUACUCAAGUUGGCCCACGGCGAGUACAUUUCACUAGGCAAGGUCGAGACCAACAUCCAAACCGGACAUGGAAUCGAAACAGUCUGUGUUUAUGGAGACUCAUCAAAGGACUACCUAAUUGCGUUGGUUGUGCCAGACCACAAAUACCUUAGGAAGAAGGCUGAAGAAAUCGGCAUUUCUGAUGGUGAUAUCGAAAGUUUGUGUAACAACAAGGACAUGAUUAGUGCAGUAUUGAAAGAUAUUCAAUCACACGUCAACGGAAAAUUGCAAAGAGUAGAGGUUCCCAAGAAGAUUUUACUCUGCCCGGAAGCAUGGACUCCGGCAACAGGACUGGUGACCGAAGCAUUGAAGCUGAAACGAAAAUCUAUUGAGAAGCAGUUCCGGGAACAAAUAGACGAACUAUACAGUUGA